AUGGAGGUAUCAUCAGCUCCUUUGCUACUCUACAACUCUUCGUCUCUAGCAUCCAACCCAUAUACAAACAUGAAGGUCAUCAUGUUCGGUGCCACUGGCUACCUUGGUAGUGCCAUUUCCCAUGCGCUUAUUCGCAACGGUCAUAUCGUCGUGGGCGUGACCCGCAACGCAGAACAAGCGAGAAAGCUACUUGCAGAAGAAGUGAUCCCAGCCGUUGGGGAUCCAUUUGCUGCAGAAACGUUUUCCGCACAUCUUGCCGACGCCGACGUAGUCAUUGAUGUUGCAUCUGGCGACAUGCUACACGAUGGGCCACGGCGCUUUGCGCUCAUUGAAUCGCUCGUCGUCGACCCAUCUAUUCGUGCGGCUCCGACCACGGGCGUCCCCAAGAUUGCCUACUUUUACACUUCUGGUACCUGGGUCCAUGGUGAUAAUCGCUCUGUCCUGCGAAGUGACAAUGCACCUUUGAAUCCUCCAAUGAUUGUCGCAUGGCGUCCAAAACUUGAACAAGCCGUCGUUAACAGCAGCGUCGUGAGCGGAAUUGUCAUCCGGUCGAGCACAGUCUACGGACGUGCGGGCGGGCUGUGGCCAAUGCUCUUCUCCCAAGCUGGGAGCGGCAAAGUCGAAUGGUUUGGCGUUCCCGGUGGCACGUAUGCGACUGUCCAUGUCGACGACCUGGCGGAAUGCUACCUCCUCGCUGUCGAAAAGAACCAUUUGGUCUCUGGUCUAGUCAUCGAUGUGACCAAUGAGCGCAUGGAAUCCGUCGAUGGAUUCUUAUAUUCGUUUGCACAUUUGAUGGGGCUUUCGCAUAGCGAUGUCAGCUAUCGAGCGCCUGCGAAUCCACUCGAAGGGGCAAUGUCCGUCACGACCAAACUUCGUCCAACGCUCGCGCGCAGUCUACUUGGCUGGGAACCUCGCAAGGCCUCGUUGACAGACGGAAUGGCGGCCUAUUUUGAAGCGUGGAAGGCAAUCAACGCGUCUAAAUCAAAGUAA